GGUAUACGGCAGGGAGAUGAAAAACAAACAUAAGGGAACCUUUUUCAGGUUUCCUCUUUUAUUUCCUCUCUUGCACUAUUGUUUUAUCCCUUUUGGUACCCUAAGCAAAGAGUCGAUUUAAGAAAGCACACUCAUCUGUUAACCAAUACAGGAAAGGGAGUUUCCAGAGCGAGAAAGAGUGUGUUUUUAAGAGAGGUAGAGAGAGAAAAGAGAGAUGGGAAGAGGGAGGGUUGAACUGAAGAGGAUAGAGAACAAAAUCAACAGGCAAGUCACAUUUGCCAAGAGAAGAAAUGGCUUGCUCAAGAAGGCCUAUGAGCUCUCAGUCCUUUGUGAUGCUGAGGUUGCCCUCAUCAUCUUUUCCAACCGUGGCAAGCUCUAUGAGUUCAGCAGCACCUCCAGUAUGAUGAAAACACUGGAGAAGUACCAGAAGUACAGUUACAGUGCACUGGAGACCACCCGACCAAUUAACGACAUUCAGAACUACCAGGAAUAUUUGAGAUUAAAAGCAAGGGUAGAAGUCUUGCAACGAUCACAAAGGAACCUACUUGGGGAAGAUCUUGCCCAAAUGAAUACAACUGAUCUUGAGCAGCUAGAGAAUCAACUAGAGGUAGCACUGAAGAAUAUUAGGUCAACAAAGACUCAAUUCAUGCUUGACCAGCUUGCUGAUCUUCACCACCGGGAAACAUUGCUAGUUGAAACUAACAAUGUGUUAAGGAGUAAGUUGGAAGAAAGUAAUAACUCACAAGUGAGUCUGGCUUUGGAAGCUGGAGGACCUAACAUCCAUUACACAAACUUUCCUCCUCAAACAGAGGGAUUCUUCCAACCAGCAGGAGUGAAUUCCAACUUGCAAAUCGGAUUCAACCAGAUUGGUGGUGAUGAUGCAAACGUUGGAGCUUCAUCCUUGAGUAUGCAUGGAUUCGCCUCUGGGUGGAUGCUUUGAUGACAUUGAUUUUACAUAUAACAAGGAAGCGCGUCAUGGAUGUGUAGAACACCCAUAGUUUUAUAUAUGUUCUCAUAUCGUUUUUUUUAUGCAUUAUUUGUCAAUGUUUAAAUGAAUAAAAAAGGUUGCCAGUAGUAUUGUCAUAAACAUUUUAUGAACCUAAAACGCUGUAUAUUUGCAUUAAAGUUUA